AUGUUAAAGGAUGAUGAAAAUGUUGAAGAACCGAAGGACUCCGUGACGUUUAUUUCGGAUGAAGAGUUGAAUGAUGAGAAAGAAAAUGUAGUACUACACACGAUGUUAAGGGAUGAUGAAAAAGUUGAAGAACCGAAGGAAUUAAUGACAUUUAGUUCAAUAGAAGAAGUUUGCUCAUAUUAUAGGAUCUAUGCUAAGCAAGCUGGUUUUGGUGUGAUACAACGAAGCUCGAGAAAAAAAGCUGAUAAAAAAACAUAUGCAAUCCUUAUAUGUACUCGUGGAGCCCCAGAUCGAACUAGAAAAAGUGAUGUUGCGAAGCCAACUCCAGCAACUAAAAGAACAGGGUGUAGUGCCAGGGUUUGUGCCACUUUAUGUGCUGAUGGAACGUGGCUUGAUCUAAAUGAUAGAGCAGGAAUACGUACAAGUAAGAAUUUUGAAUCAUUGGUUGUUGAAAGUGGGGGGUUUGAGAAUCUUCCCUUUGGAGAGAGAGAUUGCCGAAAUUAUAUUAACAAGGCAAGAGAGCUUCGACUUGGUAAAGGAGGUGGCCAGGCACUUUGUGAUUAUUUCAGUAGAAUGCAAAAGCAAAAUAGUGGCUUCUAUUUUAUGAUGGAGAUGGAUGAUGAUUCUAGGUUGCGAAAUGUUUUUUGGGCUGAUGCACGGAGUAGGUCAGCUUAUGAAUUCUUCGGUGAUGUUAUUACAUUUGACACGACGUACUUGACCAAUAGAUAUGACAUGCCAUUUGCUCCUUUUGUAGGAGUGAAUCAUCAUGGUCAGUCGAUACUGUUAGGGGCAGGACUAAUAUCAAGCGAGGAUACAGACACAUUUGUGUGGUUGUUUAAAUCUUGGUUGGGGUGCAUGAACGGCCGAGCCCCAAGAGCAAUUAUAACAGAUCAGGAUAGGGCUAUGAAAAAUGCAAUCGCAAUAGUUUUCCCUGAGACUCGACAUAGAUAUUGUCUAUGGCACAUUAUGAGAAAACUCCCUGAAAAAUUUGGAGCACAUGCUAAUUUUGAUGGGAUUAAGAGUGCCCUGCAAUCUUGUUUGUAUGAUUCUCAAACAAUUGAAGAAUACGAGAAAAAUUGGAAAAAUCUAUUGGAGAGCUAUGAUCUUCAUGAUAAUGCAUGGCUACGUGGGUUAUAUAGUGAGAGAACAUUUUGGGUGCCGGCAUACAUGAAAGAUACAUUUUGGGCGGGAAUGAAUACCACACCGCGAAGUGAAAGCAUGAAUGCAUUUUUUGAUGGUUAUGUGCACUCACAGACCACAUUGAAAGAAUUUGUUGAUCAAUUUGAUAUUGCUUUAAGAAGAAUGGUCGAGAAUGAAACACGUGCUGAUUUCGAUUUUUUUAAUCGCACGAUCCCAUGUAUAAGCCCACUCCUUUUGGAGAAGCAGUUUCAAGAUGUUUACACAAAUGCAAAGUUCAAAGAAGUUCAUGAGCAGUUUGGGAAAGUUAUGACUUGUAAUAACUCUCAUCUUAAAAGUGAAGGCGCGAUUUCUACCUAUGAAGUUAUUGACUACGGUGUCGUUGUUGGAAGCCGCACGAUAGAAAAAACAUUUCUUGUUUACUUGAAUGAAGAUGAAUUGGAUGUGAAGUGCACAUGUGCAUUGUUCGAAUUAAGAGGCAUCUUAUGCACUCAUUCUAUUUCUGUGUUAAUGACAAAGAAAGUGACAGCGUUGCCAUCAAGAUAUGUUCUUGACAGAUGGAGAAAGGAUAUAAAGCGAGAGUAUUCUAUGAUUAAAAGUAGUUUUGAUGCUAUUGGUGAUAAUCCUAAUGCCCAACUACAUGACAAAAUUAGAAAUAAUUUGGAGGAAUUACUAUCGCUCACAGCAGUAAAAGUGGAACGUUGCAUGGAUGUGAUGAAAAAUAUUGAUAUGUUGAAGGAGAAAUUUCGUGAAUUAAACCUUGCGCCAAGUCAUUCUUCCCAUCGCAUUUCAGCUGCUGUUGCAUCUUCUAGCUGUAAUGAAGUCGUUAAAAGUAAUGAUGAUGUGGCGUUGCAAAAUAAUCAGGUGCUUAGUCCUACUAAGGUUAAAUGUAAAGGGAAGCCACCAAAAUUGAGAAAGGUGCCUGUUAUAGAAAAAGUAGCCAAGAAAUCCAAAGUAUUAACAAAGCCACCAACAGACAACAAUGCCAAACAGAAGAGACAAAGGAAUCAGGCUUCUAUCGCUUCAGCAUCGACAGUGCCUCAAACAUUGGGUGGUCAUCAUGAUUCUAUUGUUUCUCAAGUGAAUUUGCCGGUUGAUCCAAGACAUGGGUUAUCCAUAUUGAUUCACCAACACAAGUACGAAGAGGCUUUCACUACAGCCCUACAAAGAUGUGAUGUGUCAAUUGUGAACUGGCUAUGCUCCCAAGUUGAUCUACGGUGGGUCUUGACUGUAGAUCCAGUCCCUUUGAGUCAAGUAGUAUUGCUCCACUUGUUGUGGCAAUUAUCCUAUUGUAUUAAUUACAACCCAGCCCAAAUUGUUGCUUGGAUGACAGACGUUGCUAAUGUCAUAAUCCCAACUGACCCGACGAUUGCAUUGCAUGUGCGGCCCAUCUUCAAUGAAAUAUAUAAUAUGGUCAACCAUCAAAGUAUCCUGCCCAGAAUUACCGUUCCUGAGCGCUCAAGUAUCUGUCUUCUGAUUCAAGUCAUUACUUCCACGUUGGGAAUGUAG